GGGCGUGAGGUGAAGGGUUAAUGGCUCUUAAUAUUACUUUUAUACCCUUUAUAAAUCUAAUUUUUUUCAUGGCACGAGGAAGGGUAGUUUGGUAAUCAGACCUACAACCCAGACCUAUAUAAAGCCCUCGAUCUCCAUUCUUCGACGAAGAAUCUCUAGAGACGCCACACCGGUAAUGGCCGUCACACAAAGCUCCGUCGGCGAUACGAAUCAAACGACAGAGGAAGGGACAUCUCUUUCCUGCAGAGAAGAUACAGUUUCUGAUGCAUGCCCACCCAUUCAAGUGAGAAAACUCAAUGGGCCUUCAAAUGGACACAACCAAAUCAAUAAGGAUGCUUCCAUUACCGUCAAAUGUUGCAAAGUCAGGGAAAAUUUGAAAAAUUACAGAAAACUAGAUAGCCUUUCUGAGAUUGAUGAUGCUGAGAUUUCUGGGUACCUUAACAGCAAAGAAGAGAUCAUUGUAAAAACAAUUUUAUGGGAAGCAAUCAAUGGGAACUACAAGAAGGCCAAGAAACGAAAAAGAACAACUGAAACAAAGAAAUUUGCAUCUGCCGAAAAGUUUGCUAAAGCAUCUGAGAAAGUGGGGUUACAGAAGCGAAGUACAAGGAUAAAUUAUGAUGCUUUGAAACUCCUGGGCAGUGAUUUAGCUGAAAGUUCUGAAACAGCUCUGGCAAUCACCAAUGAUUCUGACAGAGUCAAGUAUUCAUCACAAGGAAACACCAGCCAUCAAAUGCCCCGAGCUGAAGACAGCAGUUACAGUGAGGACCAGCAUUGUACAAACUCUUUCCAAGAUAAUGAUGAUUUUGGUUGUUAUAGUGGUGAGGUAGGCAGCCAAUAUGAUGAACCUUUCUAUGAUGAACAUUUUGACUUGUGUUGACAUUAAGAUCACCAUUCUUGUGAGGCGUUGGAGUCGAAGUAUGUUGAUACAGCUGUUAUGUUAUGUUUGCUCUAUGAAGUGAGGUUUAUAGAGUGUUGAUUAUGUGAAAUGCAGCAUCUGUAGCCUGUGAUAUUCAUUAUGUGCAACAGAUGCUAACAGUAACAUACUGGAACUUGGACGAUGAGUUAUAGAUCUCAACAUUGGCUUGA